CUAAUUGGUUUCCAUACAUCAAGUAAAGAAAGCAUCAAUAUGCUCAAUGGUGAAGCCAUGAGUUAGAGUGCGAAGGGACUGAAAAUAACAAAUUGCAACAACAUCCCAUUAUUGAAUUUUAGGAGGAGGGAGUUGAUAGUCAUCAUUCUAUAAGUUUCUAAUGUUUUGUCGAGAUAUGAUCAGCGACUUAGCCAUGAUUUUACUUAAAGUGGGUCCGAUGUAUAUAUAUAAAUAUAUAGAAUAAAUUUUAUUAAGAUUUGAAUGACUCACAACCUGUAUCCACCACUUGUCGUCUGAUUUUCAUUUCACACGAAAUUAGAAAUUAGUAAACUUAGAAUAAACAGAUAGAGACACAGAUUUACGUAGAAUCUAGAGUAUUUUACAUGAUAUGCAAGGUUAAUGUGUGCUAUAAAGUUUUCUACAAUGUGUUGAUAAACAAGUAAAACCAGUGAACAUGAAAUAUUGAGUUUUCGUAUUAUAAAUUAUGUACAAAUAUUAUUCGUUUUGGUAUUCUAAUCCCGAACUAAGGUGAGUUCCGGAAACCCACCCUUUUACAAAAUGGGUUCACAGCAGUCGCAAUACGAUAUACAUAUUAUAUCCAUAUUCAAUACUGCAAAAUUUGUUGGCGUCAUACCGAGUCAAAAACCCAUAAAACAACCAUCCUAAUAUUCCCCACCUACUCUAAACCUUAAAAACGCACCAUGUUGUCUAUGAAUUCCUGGAGGUUUGUUGAAAAUAUUAACAAAGAAACAGCUUCCUUCUGCCUACAGCUUCACUACCUUAAACCACACUCCUACAUGAAUCUAUAUCUAUGUGAAGAAGGAAAGAAAGAUGAAGAGAAAUAAGAGCAAAACCCUUUCCAUGGUUUUGCUUUGUCUGGAGAAUGGCGGCACUCCCUGCACCCACCCUGUCAUCUAAUUAUUUUAGAACUAAUUAAUCCAAACUUGUUUUCUUUAAUUGCAUAGCAUUAUUGCUUGAAACCCCUCAACAUGACAAUAAUUGAAUAUUAGCCAAAUGCAUUGGAUGACAGCAAAUUACAUGAGAUUUGAAAGAAAUGCUCUUUUUGGUACUUCGACACAAACCCAAUUCUUAGGCCUACUGUAUAUAUAGAAUGGACAAAAGGGUCAGUGAAGCUGCAAAUUAAUCAAAGCAAUCACAAUCAACCAUAAACCCUUCUGCUCUUAACACCUUUCCAAAGUUAUCAAUGGCUUCCUGCCAUGUCCGUUCAGUCAGUUUGCCUUCUCAAGCUUCUCACCCUCCAGCUUUCUCCAUCAUCCAAAAGCAAUUACACGACCUCGAGACGGCUCCACGAUCAGCUGGAUCUCUGAGACACAACAUAAUCAACCUGAAGGCUUUGUCACGGUGCAUAGACGACUUGCUCCAAACCCAACUUUCAGAACAGAGGAGCUCCCCUGAACCUGCAACUCGACUAGCCGUCGAGAGCUUGUUGGAUGCAUCGAUCAAGUUGCUGGACAUGUGCAGCUCAGUUCGGGACAUUAUGUCGCGGAUGAAGCAGUCGAUGAGAGAUCUCGAAUCGUCUCUCAGGAGGAUUCGAUCGGACUACUCGAGCCAAGUCGAUGGUUACUUGGUCUGCAGGAAAGGGUUGGGUCGUUUGGCCUGCAAGAACAUUAAGAUCAUGGAGAAGAGCCGAGGGAAUUACAUGUCGGAGGAGGAGGAGGAGAAGAGCUCGAAUAUGGUUGGAGAUUUGGUAAGCUCGUUGAGGGAAGUUGAGGAAAUAUGUGUUGCAGAGUUCAAGGCCAUUUUGUGCUUUGUUUCUGCACCAAGAAAGCCACAUUACUCCGUGGUCGCAAAGCUGAUGCAUUCCAAGAGGGAAGUGGUGGAGAAAGGGGAGAUUGGAACGGCAACAGCAGUAGAGAAGAUUGAUGCUGAAAUGUUUGCGAUCAAGUCGAGCAAGUUUGUUAAUGCAGAGCAGAUUGGUCGCUUGUUGAGAGGACUUGAGGGGUUUGGAUCAAGCUUGGAAGAAACAGAGAAUGGAUUGGAGGGUCUUUUCAGGAGGCUGUUGAGAUCAAGAGUUUUGCUUCUCAACAUUCUCAGCAAUUAGCUUGGAUACAUGUAUAUAUGGAUUCAGGAUAAAUUCUGGAAUGUUCUUUCCAUUGUCAUGGCUAAAUGUACAGAUUCACACGUAGAAAUCUAGUUAUAUAUAUGUAAAAAAACAAUACUAACUUCUGUUAUUGUUGUCAUAUUUUGAUCUUUUAGUAGGCGGUAAUGGUUCAGUCGCGAUUACCUCUUAACUUCAGGUGCAAACUGAUUUGAAAUGUUAAGUUCACAAAAUUUUGAUAUAAUGUUUACAAGCCAUUUGUAUAGUAUUUUUUAUAUUAUUACAUAAGUUUUAGGAUUAAAACAAUAUAAUAGCCGAACUUUUUAUUUUCGCACAAGAUAACAUAUAAUGCAACAUUCAUGUCAGUGUCCAUGUCAGUAUAAUUGCUAUGUAAAAGUUAAAUUGAUAUUUGACUGGAUAAAAAGUUAACAAUUUCACUAAUUAUAUUGUUUUUCGAAAUGUUUGCUUAUUAUUUUGUUUAAAAUUAAAGAUUUUCUAUUAU